AUGUGGACUAAGCAUAAGAAGCCACGGUAUCUCCUCUGCCUCUGCAUAGAUGCCUUGAAAGCAUUUGGUGCGGGGGAUUCCAUGUUUCUGGCGCGCAAAGACCAAGGCCGUGAAGCGCAGUGCACUGCGUUCCGUCUACCGAUCGAGCGCUUCUGUACGGCAGAUGUGGUGGAGACUCCGCAGUUCCACAAACUGCCUGCGGGCAUCAGCAUGGACAAUGUGCACUGGAUACCUGGCAGUGAUGAUUGGCAUCAGCGGGUCGAGCAACUGAUUGACGUGCUGCGUGAAACCCCGCGGCAGCGGACGCUGAUUUUCGUCAAUAGCCUUCACAACUGCCAUGUGCUGUUGCACUUCUUUCGCGACAACGGAUGGCCGGUGGUGAGCUUCAUGAAGGGACCUCGUGGUCGAAUGGGGCACUGUGCUGCAGCCUUGUCCAGCCAUGCUGCGUCUGGGCUUGUUCAUGACAAAGGCGGCGCUUUGCCGGCGAUGACCUUGCUACGGAGGCAGAUAAGAGCAUUGAAGGCCUCCAGCAGGUGGUUCCGGAGCGAACCGGAGCCUCGUCCCAAGAGAUGGAAGUCCGUCUUCGAGCAGAUGAAUGGUGUUUUUGCCGAAGAACUCCAAAGGCGAAGGGAGCACCUUGCAUCGAGCACAAAGCUCAACUCAGCCAUUGUUGUUUUGCUGAUAACGAACACGAUCAUCUUGGGAAUAGAGGUGGAUGACCAGAGGGCCGUCGCAGUCGAGAUGAAUGUUGGAUUCGUGCUGACUGAAAUCUUCUUUGCGAGUGUCUUCAUCCUGGAAUGGCUUGUACGACUUGACCAACAGAGAUUCGAAUUCUUUCAUGACGGCUGGAACGUCUUUGAUUUUAGUCUCGUGCUGAUGGGUUUUGGUGACUUGAUGAUGACGCUCUUUCGCCCCGUAGCGGGUGUCCAGCUGGCAAAAGCAUUCCGGGUCUUUCGCGGCUUACGGGUCGCGCGGAGUGUGAAAGGCGUCGCUGGCCUGGGAGGUCUUUGGUUCAUGAUCCAGGGCUUGCUGGACUCGUUCAGGGCGGUCGCGUUUGUGGCAAGCAUCGCUGCGGUUGCGUUGUACAUCUUCGCCGUGUCUAUGACUUCGGUGGUGGCUACGGAUCCCAUUGUUCUGAACUUCUGGCCUGCUGCGAAGUUCUACUUCGGCACUAUAGGCCAAUCAAUGAUGACAAUGCUACAGGUUGCAACGCUGGACAGGUGGGCCGGCUUGGUAGCUCGUCCACUGUUGGAGUUGUCUCUGCCUGCUGUCGUCCUUCUGAUUCUCGGGGUUGUUCUGCUCACCUUUGCUAUCUUCAACCUUCUGGUGGCGGUCAUGGUGAAGCAGAUCACAUCUUUAGCGUCGGAUAGCAAGGAGACCUCUGCGCGAAUGUUGAUCAACUCAGAAAGAUACAUCUUGCACCGCCUGUUGAUCGAAUUCAACCGACACGACCAGGACAACACUGGAUAUCUCAGCCUCCGAGAGUUUAAGAAAAUGAUCAGGCAGGCUGAUGUGCAAGCCAAGCUGACGAUGCUUGGCCUUCGUGUGGACGAAGCUGAAGAGCUCUUCACUGUGCUCGACGCUGAUCAGAGCGGUGAGGUUAGUGCUGAAGAGUUGGUCGAUGGGAUCCAGCAGCUGAAGGGGCCUGCGACGGGCCAGGACAUGGUUCGACUCAUUAGCAUCGCACUCCAUGAGAAUUGGCGUGCCGGAUGCUUUGUCGCGCGGCUGCGGCGAAUGAGCUACAGAGCUGAUGAGAUCCAGGGUCGACUGAAUAUGAUGGGUCACCGGUUGUCAUCGGAGAUCUUCGAUGCCAAAAAUGCCGACUAUCGCCAUGACCUACUUCACAAGCAGGCAGGAGACAGGGACAAUGUGAUCUACGAGAUGGACCAGUUUCGUUUCGCCAACUACCCAGAGAUCAUACCCAAGCCUGUGCCCAAGCAAGACCAGGAGCCGGAGCCAGACAACUUCCUGGAUAACUUCUUGGAGUGA